AUGAGUAACAUCGCUCCUACAACCACAACUAAUAAUAACGCGCAAAAAACCACCUUGGAAAAAAAUGACAAAAGCAAAGCUCCACCACCAGAAAAAGAAAAAUCAAAAUAUCGAUAUUCUUCUGAAAUUCAACAAAUGAUGUUUGUUUUUGGAGAAGUGUCCGAGCCAAAUCCCGAAACUGUUAUGCUCGUAGAAGAUAUUGUGAGGUCACAAGUUAUUGAGAUUAUAAUCCAAGCGGCCGCACAAGCUGCAAAACGUGGAUCAAGAUACAUGAGUGCAGAAGAUUUAAUCUUUUUAAUAAGACAUGAUCGUGCAAAAGUUAAUCGAUUACGUACUUAUCUUAGUUGGAAAGACGUCAGAAAGAAUACCAAAGAUUCUGGUGGUCAGGAUGCAGCUGAAGAAAUCCUUGAGGAACCCAAUGCAGAUAAAUUAGCAAAGGCACGCAAAAUGAAAGUGAAAUUAUCAUGGGAAUUAGUAAACUCUUUCUCUGAAUUUUUGAAUGCAAAUUCCGAUGAAGAAGAUGAUGAAGAACUAGAGGCGUAUAAUGACUCUAUACAACGAUUAAAAGACGCUGACGAAAUUACGCGAGCAAUGACGCGCGAAGAAUAUGUUCACUACUCGGAAUGUCGUCAAGCCUCAUUUACUUAUCGAAAGGCAAAAAGAUUUAGAGAAUGGGCAAACAUGUCUGCAUAUAUUGACAUGAGACCAAACGAUGAUAUUAUCGAUAUUCUUGGAUUCUUGACUUUUGAGAUGGUUAGCGUUUUGACCGAAAAUGCUUUACGUGUAAAACAAGAUUUGGAUACCAAAGAAGAAAACAAAUCAUAUCCAAAGAGUCUUAAACGUUCACGCGUUGUAGCAGAUCUAGAUGAUGAGGAUAGGCCGGAUUCUUUUCUAUUUGCGCCGCCUCCUUCACCUCAGACUCCCUUACAGCCAGCUCAUAUCCAUGAAGGCUUCCGAAGAUUACAACGUUCUCCACAACCCAUCAAAAAUUUUCGAGGUGGACUUGUUCGCACAAAACUUCAAAGUUUCCUUAUUAUGUUGCUUUUAUUGUUAAAAAUUAAUCAUCGUAUCGCCGCUUUGGCAGUGGCUGUUGCUGCUGCUGUUUUUGGACCUUGGUCUUACUCUUAUCUUCGAAUAAAUAGUUUUUGUCCUACACAGUUUAACUUCGUGUGUUUAAAACUGACAACCUUUAGAGCUUCAUUCUUCGCACAAACACAUUCUAAGCAACAAUUACCGGCUUUCGAGCAGCCAAAAGGGAAAAGAAUGGUUUGGACUUAUCCAGAGGUACGUAGAGAUGAGACCGUGGUUGAGGAUUUGCAUGGAGUUCGUGUUGCGGACCCAUAUCGUUGGUUAGAAGAACCAGAUUCAGAUGAAACAAAGGCAUUUAUAGAGGCUCAGAAUGCUGUCACUAAUAAACUUCUAGAUACUUAUGAGUAUCGAGAAAAGUUUCGCGAAAGUCUGACCACAAUGUAUAAUUAUGAAAGAUAUGGAUGUCCUUUUAAGAGAGGAGAAUUCUAUUAUUACUUUUAUAAUACUGGAUUACUACCUCAAAAUAUUCUUUAUCAGCAAUCAUCAUUGACCGCUGAACCUAAAGUGUUUUUUGAUCCUAAUACUAUUGAAGCUGAUGGAACUGCUUCAUUGUCGACAUACAUUUUCUCAAAAUCGGGCAAAUAUUUUGCUUAUGGAAGUGACUGGGUAACAGUCUAUGUUAAGCCGACAACUGGUUACGAACAAGGAGAACAUUUAGAUGAUCGAAUAGAAUGGGUCAAGUUCUCCGGUCUAAGCUUUACUCACGACGAUGCUGGAUUCUUUUAUAGUAGAUAUCCUAAGCUUGAAGAGGAAAAGACAAUGGAUAAAGGAACAGAAACCAGUUCUAAUCUCAACUCGAAGUUAUAUUAUCAUCGACUUGGUACUUCUCAAGCCGACGAUAUUCUUAUACUCGAAGUUCCGGAAAAUCCUGAAUUUAACUUUGAUGCUCGUGUAUCAGUAGAUGGUAGAUUUGUAUUGGUCCUUGUGAAUAAGGAUUGCGGUCAUGUUAAUAAACUUUGGAUAGCUGAUUUAGAAAAAUCUGAAGGAAAAGUUAAAGAUAAAUUGGAAUUUGAAAAGAUUGUGGAUGUUUUUGAAGCUGAAUAUGAUUAUAUAACAAAUAAUGGGACAAUAAUCUAUUUCAUGACAAAUCUGGAUUCUCCCAGAUGGAGAAUUGUUAAAUAUGAUCUAGCCAAUCCUGAAAAAGGAUUUACAGAUUUAAUACCUCAACAUCCUAUCGAUGUCUUGUCGGUUGCUUGUGUUGUACAUGAAACUAAACUUAUUACAGUAUACAUGCACGAUGUCAAAGACCAAAUAUCUAUUCACGAUUUAACUACGGGACAGAAGAUUAAAGAUGUUGAUCUUCCAAUUGGAUCAGUUGAUUCUUUAGCUGGUCAAAAGGAAGAUACUGAAUUCUUCUUUAAAUUUUCCGGAUUUUUGAAUCCUGGUAUUAUUUAUCGUUACAACUUCCUCGACAAUUCGAUGACUGUUUUCAGAACGACAAAAGUUCAAGGACUUCAAAGUGAAAAUUUAGAGGCAAAACAAGUUUUCAUUGAAAGUAAAGAUUCUACGAAAAUACCUGCAUUUCUAGUUUUUAGAAAGGAUCUUGCACUCGAUGGAGAACAUCCUACGUUGUUAUAUGGAUACGGAGGCUUUAGUUCCAGUUUGACGCCAAUGUUCAGUCCGACUAUGCUUAAUUUUAUACAACAUUAUAAUGGUAUAUUAUCUAUGGCUAAUUUACGUGGCGGAUGUGAAUAUGGGGAAGAAUGGCAUUUAGCUGUAGCUAAAUGGUUAAUUGCUAAUAAAUACACUAGAGCCGAAAAACUAGCAAUAAACGGUGCCUCCAAUGGUGGUACACUAGUUGGUGUAUCUAUUAAUCAGGCACCUGAACUUUUUGGGGCUGCGGUGGCUGAUGUUGGUGUGCUGGAUAUGUUAAGAUUUCAUAAAUUCACCAUUGGUCACUAUUGGCGAAGCGAUUACGGUGAUCCUGACAAAAAGGAAGACUUUGAAUAUAUUUACAAGUAUUCACCAUUGCAUAAUGUCCAGUCUGCUAAACCAUAUCCUUCAGUAUUAUUGACAACCUCAGAUCAUGAUGACAGAGUUGUACCAUUGCAUUCUUUUAAAUAUAUUUCCCAAUUGCAACAUGUCGCCAGAAAUAAUCCUAAUCCAUUGAUGAUUAGGAUUGAUAAAAAAGCCGGGCAUGGAUCAGGCAAGCCGAUACAGAAGCGAAUUGACGAAGCGACUGAUAAGUACUCGUUUAUUGCUUUGGCUACGGGAGCCAAAUGGAUAGAUUAA